GAGAACUUCGACGCCUUCAUCAUCUCAGGGAGUCUCAGCUCAGCAUACGACAGGGAAGCAUGGAUCGAAAAUCUGUGCCAGUACAUCAGAGCUCUCCAUCAGAUGAAGAAGAAGAUACUCGGGAUUUGUUUUGGGCACCAGAUUGUUGCCGUGGCCCUCGGGGGUAAGGUAGAAGCGCAUCGGAAUGGCCUCUACUUCGGGUUGAGAGAGUUUGAUCUGAGCGCUGAAGGAAGGAAGACGUUGAAGAUGGAUAACAACAAACUUGGGCUGCUGUUCUCUCACGGUGACUUCGUCAGUGAGAUGCCUCCUGGAGCUCUGUCGAUGGGGAAGAGCGAGUGGUGCGGGUGUGAAGGGAUGAGGAUAGGGGAUCAUAUUCUCACCUUGCAAGGUCACCCCGAGUUU